UGGUCACGUGAGGAGGUGACGAGUGGUGGGGGGGGUAACGAGGUGGUGACGAGGUGGUCACGUGAGGAGGUGACGAGGGGGGGGGGGUAACGAGGUGGUGACGAAGUAACGAAGAGGAGGCACAAGAGGACAUGGCAGAUAGAGAAUCCCAACGAGGUGAUGGAGACGUAGAUGACGAGGUGGACGAGCAGGAGGUGGACGAGGUGGACGAGGUGGACGAGGUGGAGGAGGUUGGGAGAGUUGGGAAGUCGUCAUCGUCAUCAGAUUCUUCUUCUGCGGCAUCCACCAAUGAGGAAGCUGCCUUAGAGGUGUGGCUCACCUCUGACACGUCACCCACCACCCCCCCACUAUGGCUGGCCCCUGUGGCUCUUGGAGCUCUCCGAUGUGGAGCCUCCACGCCGCUCGCCUUCGCCCUCGGAGCUCGGGGUUCUCGUACGUUGGUUCGGCGCCUACGCCUCCAGCAGAGCCUGCAGCGUCACCACGGGUGUGUGAACACUCUCCACUUCAACGAGUCCGGCACGCUCCUGGCUAGCAGUGGAGAUGAUCUCUCCGUCGUCCUGUGGAACUGGGCCACUGCCAAUGUGAUGGUCAAGUUCGAGAGCGGGCACCGGUCUAACGUGUUCCAGGCCAAGUUCCUACCCCAGAGCGGUGACUCCACGCUGGUGAGCAGCUCCCGAGAUGGCCAGGUGAGGGUGAGCAGCCUCACCACUCCAGCCAGGGGAGGUGUGGUGACUCGUAGGGUGGCUCAGCACCGUGGUGCAGCUCAUAAGGUGAGUCAGUCACUCACUCACUCAGUCACUCACUCAGACAGUCACUCAGACACUCACUCAGUUACUCAGUCAGUCAGUCACUCACUCACACAGUCACUCACACAGCCUGACCACUCCAGCCAGGGGAGGUGUGGUGACUCGUAGGGUGGCUCAGCACCGUGGUGCAGCUCACAAGGUGAGUCAGUCACUCAGUCAGUCACUCAGUCAGUCACUCAGUCAGUCACUCAGUUAGUCACUCACUCAGACACUCAGUCAC